AGUUGAGGGAUUCUGAAUACAUGUAGGAGACAUUCCUUUGAUCUGAUCUGAUAAAUAUUCUGCUGCUGGACUAAGAACAUUCAGUUGCAAGAAGAAAACAUUGCAAUAAAAGUGUUUUAUAGGAGAGUGUGGGAGAGAUGAGCUGAGCUACUGUCUCCAAGACUGUGCCUUUAUGGGCCUCCCAAGGGAAAAUAAAUUUAUGCCUCAGGAUGUGUUCUAAGCGCACACAGACUCUGUCCAAGUCUCAGGCAUGACAUAUUAGAAGAGGAAAAUACAUUUAAGACCAUUGUGCAACACUAUCAACAAGCAAAGGAAAAUGUGUGUCAGCCAUAACCAAGUUCCCUGAGAUUGCUAACUCUUGCUCCGUUCACUCACUGAAAGCAAGUAUAAUUGUACUGCUAACUAUCAGCUGGGAGGGAUGGCAAGCAGUCUGACCCAUGCUGGAGCUGUGUGGGCACUUCUGUCUUUGCUCUGUGCUGCUCUGUGUAGCACCAGCUUCUUUAUGCCCUACUGGCUGUUUGGCUUACAGAUGGGGAAACCGGUUUCCUUCAGCUCCUUCCGCAGAUGCACAUAUCCCACCCAAACAGGGGAAAAGAGUGUAGUUAUGGUGGAGGAGUGUGGAAGAUACGCCAGCUUUCAUGCCAUCCCCAGUCUAUCCUGGCAGAUCUGCACCUUGGUGAUCAGCAUUGGCUGUAUCUUGCUCCUUUUGGUGUCCCUGGCUGCGAUUCUGGGCUGUUGUAUUACAGAUCUCAUUUCCAGAAUGACAGGACGGUUUCUAGGAGCAGCACAGUUUGUUGGAGGACUUCUCAUUAGCUCGGGGUGUGCCCUUUACCCCUUGGGGUGGAACAGCCCUGAAAUCCAACAAGCGUGCGGGAAUGCUUCCAGUCAAUUCCAUUUAGGAACUUGCAGACUUGGCUGGGCCUACUACAGUACCGGAGCUGGGGCUGCAGCCACAAUGCUUAUCUGCACUUGGCUUUCGUGUUUUGCUGGAAGAAAUGGCAAAUCAUCCCUUUACUGA